AUAAUAAAUAAAUAUUUAAAAAAUAUUAAAAAACAAAUACAAAUUAAAAAAACAAUGAGAAAAAUACUAAUUUUGUGCAUAUUAGUUAUAUGUCUAAGCUUUGCAUACGCUAAAGUUACAAACAAAUAGAUCGUAGGUGGAUUUAAUAAGGUUGACGUUGAUUUAAGUUUGUUAUAAGCAUACUAAGUAGGUCUCAAUUACUUGUAAUAAAAAAAUGUCAUUAAUUCUAACUCAAAUCCUCAACUCACUGGUGUCUAUUCACAAGUUGUCUCAGGUGUUAAGUACAGAUUUGUUUUAAAAGUAGGUAACUAAAACUGGAGUGUUGAUGUAUUUUACUAAUCCUGGACAAAUACAUUAUAAGCUGUUAGUUAUUAAAAGGCUUGA